UCUCUUCGCAAACUCAUUUCUCUGUUUCCACCAAAGCCAACAAGGCAACCACCCGCCUGAAGAGAUGGCUUGUUUUUCUGUUGUUUGCAAUAAUGGGUUUCUGUCUACUCAAGAUAACUUUGGACUUUAUGGUGGAAAGACAAAGUCUUUGAGGAGAUAUACUAGUGCCUGUUAUAAUUCUUCUGUGGGAUUUUAUAAUUGUUACUGGAAAUCUUCACAUUUGUUGCUUCGUAACGAUAGGUUUAGGUUUCUUAACAUUGGCAAAGGUGGAGUUUCUUUGUUGGGAUUUUAUGAUUGUUGUAAGUCUCAACAUGGGGUAUGUUGUAGCAAUGGAAUUAGGCCAUUAGUGAAAGGAAGCAUUGAAGAUAACGGAACCCAUGUGGAGAAUAGAGGAAAUGGGAAAUUGAGAAGGAGACUGUCGUUAAGAUUGCGUCCAAGGUUGCGUUUGUUGACAGUGAGAUUGAAGAGGGUUUCCCUUAGGUUGGUGUUGAAUGAUAUUGGGCUGUUUUUGAGGAAGAAUAUUAGGAGGGUGACUUUGUUUACUUUGAUACCUCUCGCUCUUGGGCUGUGCUAUUUGCUUGUCAAAUUAACGACAUUGCCAUCACCAAAGAUUGUUCCAUAUUCGGACUUGAUAACAAGCCUUCAAAACGGGUCUGUUACAAAAGUAUUACUUGAAGAGGGGUCUCGUCGGAUAUAUUAUAACACAGACAUUAAGACUUCUGAAAAUAUUGAGAUUACAGAAGAAAAAUUACCAGUAGUAAAUGAUUCAGCUGAGAAUGUGGAUCAUACAACUGCCAGAAAUGACGGUGUGAGAGUGGAACUGCCAGUGAAUUUUAACAUUUUGAAAAAGUUUUUAGGGAAUCAAUCUUCUACUCCUGAGUGGGAGUUUUCCGCUAGAAAAAUAGAUCAUGAUGAGAAAUUUCUUCUUAGUUUGAUGAGAGAAAAGGGAACAACUUAUACCUCAGCUCCUCAGUCACCAUUAAUGUCAAUGAGAAAUAUUUUAAUUACAGUGAUAUCUUUGUGGAUUCCCUUAACCCCUUUGAUGUGGCUUCUUUAUCGUCAACUUUCUGCUGCUAAUAGCCCGGCAAAACGUCGGCGACCCAAUAAAAACAUGGUUAACUUUGAUGAUGUGGAGGGUGUUGACACUGCUAAAGUAGAGCUUAUGGAGAUAGUUUCAUGCCUUCAAGGAGCAAUAAACUACCAAAAACUAGGGGCAAAGUUACCUAGAGGUGUGUUGUUGGUGGGCCCUCCUGGAACUGGGAAAACAUUGCUUGCUCGUGCAGUGGCUGGUGAAGCAGGAGUGCCAUUUUUCACUGUUUCUGCCAGUGAAUUCGUGGAGUUGUUUGUUGGAAGGGGGGCAGCUCGCAUUAGAGACCUCUUUAGUGCAGCAAGGAAAUGUGCACCAGCAAUCAUAUUUAUUGAUGAACUUGAUGCAGUUGGAGGAAAGCGUGGUAGAAGUUUCAAUGAUGAACGUGACCAAACACUGAAUCAGUUGCUGACAGAAAUGGAUGGAUUUGAGUCAGACAUGAAAGUGGUUGUCAUUGCAGCAACUAAUAGGCCAGAGGCAUUGGAUCCAGCCCUUUGUCGCCCUGGUCGCUUCUCCAGAAAAAUUCUUGUGGGAGAACCCGACCAGGAAGGAAGAAGAAAGAUCUUGUCUGUGCAUUUAAGGGGUGUUCCUCUCGAAGAAGAUACGCAUCUUAUUGGUGAUCUUGUUGCUUCUCUUACCCCAGGCUUUGUCGGUGCUGAUCUAGCAAACAUUGUGAAUGAAGCUGCUUUACUUGCUGCUCGUAGAGGCAGUGAAACUGUCACAAGGGAAGAUAUAAUGGAAGCUAUAGAGCGAGCAAAGUUUGGGAUCAAUGAUAGACAGCUAAAGCCUAGUACAAUAAGCAAAGAGCUUGGGAAAAUUUUCCCAUGGAUGCCAUCUCUCGUGGGAAGAAAUGACACAAAACCGGAUAAUUUGCGAGGGCCUUUAGGCUAUCAAACUCUAAGCUGAUCAGUAUGUGUGCUUUCUCAGUGAUUUUACUGUGAUUCAUCAGUUUCACUAUUCACGAGGUUUUUCUAAGAAGCAAUUUUGAUUACUCUUUACAAUCUUUUGCUCAAGAGAUGUACCCAUUGAAAUCAGCAAGUUGUGUUCUUUCGCUUUUAGUUGUAGGAAUUAUGAUCUUUCGUUCUGAGUAGGGCAUCAGUAAUUUGAAAUGGGCUAUUGGUCCCCAACCUAAUUGAUGUCCAGAUAUCCAAUGGCCAUUUGUAGAUUGAGAAGGUCAUCAUAUGGAUGACAGAGGUUGCUACCAUAAUGACGGAGAAAUGGGUGGCCUGUGGUUUAUUAUCCUGUGCUUAUACCCAUCUCUAACAUUAGGGUCAUAAAUUAUAUAUAGCAUUUUAGAUCAAUACUGAAUUAGUGCUACCUGGUAGAUUAGAUCGAUAUAAUAUAAGCCUGUGAAUGUGUCAAGGAUAUUUCCCAUAGAAGAUCCAACUGUUCCAUUGUUACUGUUUAAGCAUAUCAUAGAUGAUUUGAGUUUGAUCAUA